GACGCUAUUGAAAAAAUAGACAAAAGAAGGAAAAGGGUAAAGAGAGAUAAAUGUUUCGUUCUGUUUCAGUUCAGUUCGGUAAUGGCGGAGAUAUGCUUUUUCGGAGGUCUGGUCCAUUAUAAGGCUCCAUCUCCUUCGUCUCUUCAUUACCCUUCUCUCUUCCGCUGCAAACCCCAUCACUAUUCUCUCAUGUCCGCCUCCGUUUCAGCCGAAUGCCACUCCUCCACCGUGGACCCACCUUCUCUCCUCGUCUUCUCAGGCGGCACUGGAUUCAACGGUGUGGUGGAAGAGUUGAAGAAGAUAACAACCAGAGUCGCUCAUGUUCUUCCUGUCUCUGAUGAUGGAGGAAGUACUGCUGAGAUUGUUCGUGUUCUCGGCGGACCAGCGGUUGGUGACAUACGUUCAAGAUGUUUGAGGCUGUCUGAUGAAAGUACUUCAGAGGCACUUGCUGUUAGGAGGUUGCUCGGACAUCGUUUACCUAUUGAUGCACAUAAUGCCAAGAAAGAUUGGUAUGAUAUAGUGGAAGGUAACCAUUCUCUAUGGGAUGGUGUAUCAAGACCCUACAGAGAAACAAUCCGCGCUUUCUUAAUUUAUUUUCAGAAUGAGAUCCUUAGACGACCUAAUGAUUCAUUUUGCUUUGCCAACGGAAGCAUUGGGAACUUCUUCUUUGCAGGAGCAAGGAUCUUUUUCCAGUCUUUAGACGCUGCCAUCUUUCUGUUUUCACGCGUUUCAGAGAUUCCUUGCGACAGUUUAGUCCUCCCAGUGAUAUCAACCAACGAUAGGCUCACACUAGGAUGUGAAUUACAGGAUGGGACUAUAAUACGCGGACAGAACGAGAUCUCUCACCCAACCAAUGGAACUAUACAGACCGUUGACAAGAGACAUUCUUCGACUCUUCCAUCAAAGAUAAAGAGAGUGUUUUACAUGUCAAGCGAAGGCAAUAAUCUCCUUCAUGAGGUCUUCCCACCAGUUAACCCAACUGUCUUGGAGCAGCUAAAGAGCGUGGACUGUAUCGUUUACGCUAUGGGAUCUCUAUUCACUUCCGUUUGCCCAUCACUGGUUCUGCUUGGUGUUGGGGAGAUUAUCUCUUCAAGGUCGUGUCUUAAGGUGCUUCUUCUGAACGGGAGCCAAGACAGAGAGACAAGCGGCUUUACUGCUUCUUGCUUUGUGACUGCUAUUGCUGACGCUCUCAACAGAACUCAUGGUGAUCCUAACAUUAGGCUCAAGAAUCCAGUGAGUGGUUCUGCUACCAUAUCCACACUCUCUUGUUGUCUUUUUUGUCUGACUUAUGUGUGUGUGCAGCCUGGAUAUUACAUCAACACUCUCUUGGUACCAAAAGAUGGAGACAUAGCUGUAGAUCUCAAACAAUUGUCUGAACAAGGAAUCAGUGAUGUUAGAGUUGUGGAGAGUGUUCGUGACCCAAAGCACGGUGUCUUGUUCAAUCCGAGCUCACUGAUAAACACACUAGCCAGUUUGCUGGAGUAAAUAGUGAUUUCUUUAGGCCAGACCUGGUUUCUUUUUUUGCCUUCCGAGAUGAUUAUUCAUAAACGGAACACUGAUUUUUUUUUCUGUUUUCUUAUUUGAUUCUUUGUGGAUUGAUAUAAAAGUAAUGGAAAGUCUCUCUUUCUCUCUAAGUUGGAUCAUCUGUUGUUUGUUAUAACAACUAUGUAACGCAGAGUGAUUGUUCGACAAGGUGACCAUGGGACAUAUUGUAACAUCUCUGAGUUGUGAUAUAUAAAAAUGCUUAAGAUGA